ACCUCAGCUGCUAAUCAGUCAAACUUAGGAAUGUUUAAUUUGUAUCUUUGUCCAUGACAGAUGAAAAGAACUAGGAGGAGGUGCCCACUGUGGAUUUGCCUUUGUUUAAACCGCGUUGAGCAAAGAUGCCACAUCGUCUCAUGAGUCAUGGUCUUACAAACAGGGAGCUUGCCCUUCUAAAGAAAAUGCAUCUUCACAACUGUUUCAACUUUUAUGCGCAUUGUAAUUUCUCACAUGUCAAGUUAACUUACCGGUAAUAACAAAUAGUAGUAAUUGUUUAAAAUUACAUAAGACAAACAUGAUUAGAUAACUUGAAAAAUAGAGUCCUCUAGAUUUUGACGCGUGCUGCCGCUUGGUUUUGUUGAUGGAGUUUUGCUACGCAAGUGGAAGGAAUGUAAUAGGAGAAGUAGGUGUUAUCAGAUAUUGGGUCGAUGAAGUGAAUGGGCUCUUAUAGUUUGUUUCUGCUAUUCCAUGUGCAGAUAGGCCCGUCCAUCUAAAACUGAAAACAGAGUAGUAAUUCAUAUUAUAUAGGUCUUAGAAUGGCGAAAGCCCACAAAGGAGACUGCCGUGCCGUCCAGGAGAAGAGUUGAGAAGGUUGUCAAUUGUUUGCUCCGUGGAGGGCAAUCGUGUCAUUGCUGUUCGCUAUCAGCUGAUAAUACAAAUACUUUAUUUGUCUGACGGUGCCAUGAUUAUGAUAUCUCUUUGUCUAGUUUCGCUUGUCCAAAAUUUACUCAAAUAGAUAAAGCCAAGCCACGCCACGGAUCUACAAGUUUCAUGUCUAUUAACUCUUCCAAAAUUAUUCAUUCAUCUUUUUCCCACUAAUCUCCACGAGUAAUAGAGAUGGCUGAUUGGGGACCAGUUGUAAUAGCGGUUGUUCUGUUUGUGCUAUUGAGCCCUGGGCUUCUGUUUCAACUCCCAGGAAAUAACCGGGUAGUACAAUUUGCUAACUUUCAGACAAGUGGACUCUCUAUUUUCAUACAUACCAUUCUCUUCUUUGGCCUCAUUACCAUCUUCCUUAUUGCCAUUGGUGUCCAUAUUUACACCGGCUAGCUAGCUAACCAUCAGCGUUUGUGAUCCACUACUUUCAAUUUUAAGUGCUCUGUUUUUCUCUGAUCGAUUUAAUUUACAGCUUCUAGUUCAAAUUCUGUAUUCAUUUAUAUGGUUGGUGGUGUACCAGAAUAGUACUCUUUAAUAUUACUAAAUCAGUUUGUGUUUGA